AACAUAGACGAUUUAAUUAACUAUGAUUUCGACUACUACUUUACUGUUUAUUCCUAGACGAUGCUAUAAUUGUUUUAGUUUUUAUUUUAUUCGAAGAUGCCCAAAAUCCAAUUAUUAUUUUUUUAACAACUAUUUUAUUUAUAUAAAAUGUAACAUUACACAUAAAAUAAUAAAAAUACAACCAAAUGUAAAUUUAAAAUAAAAUACAACAUAAUUAAAAUAUGAAGAAACUUUCUUCUCAAUCUUCUUAGUGCAAUCUUCAUAUUAAUUUGAGUAUCGGCCAUGCGAUGAAACUCCAAACUUCUUUGUUUUCUUUGUUGUAUAACAUUAGUCACCUUCCAACUUGGAUCAAUAGAUGUCAAUCGAGAUUGAAUCCAAUAUAAUGAUUCUCUCAAAAGAAAUAAAAAUUGGAACUACCAAUCUUCAACGAUUAUAAGAACAUCGCCAUACAAUAGAGAAAAUUCCAAUCCUCUGUUUCCAACAUACUCAUUCCAUGGUGGUUUUCAUGGCAAUUGUUUCCAAAUUAAGCGGUUAGGAGAAGUUCUUUACCACUUGAAUAUGAAUUCAACUUGUCGUCGGUCAUAGCCAUGAAAUCCAUGCCGCAGAUUGCAACAACAAAAUAGGAGAAAAGGAAACUUAAACCCAAUUUGUUGUGAGUAAAUCUGAACUUGUUCCCCAUCUUAAUGAAGAACAAAACACAUAAGAUUUUUUUUUUUGAAAAAGAAACUCAAGAUGUCAUUACGUAGAGUGUAUGUAUAUGUAAUACACAAACGACCUCACCGUGAUGAAUCUUCGGUGAAAAUAGAAAUUGAACAAAACAAACUUUUUGUGAAUUUUCUAAAAAAUGAAAGAGAAUUGAUUAUAGGUUGUGAUGACAAAGAAGAUAAAACAGAAAAGGAAUACGGCAGAGGGUGAUAAUUGCAGAAGAAAAAAAUGGAGAAGACGAUCGCCUUCACGAUCCCAAUUAUUAUCUUGAAUCAUUGAUAAUUUUAUCGAUUCUUUCUUUUAAUUCCUAUCUAUAAAGAAAAAACAAAUACAGAGUACUGACCAGUGACCACUGACAAGGAAAAAAACAAAUGCAGAUAAUGAGCCGACCAAAUGCCAAGCGGUAUAAACAUGUUAAUAUGCGCAGAAGGGCCUGGACUGCAAAACUUUUCGCGGAGGCGUGCAAGUAAACAAACGUACAUACAAAAGCUUGGCGUAUCGUUAAUGUUUUCUGGAAUGAUGUUUGUUUUUACUAAAUGUUAAUUAUUAUUAUGAUUUUUAAGAGUUAUAUUUAUAGCUUUUUUGUGAACAACAUGUUUUAAUUUUUAUGCUAUUUGAAGCAUAACUCGUUACGUUUAUAAUAUUUAUUUUUGGAACAUUUCUCAGAACUAGUUCUAUGGGAGAUAUUAUAAAAUCUUUUUUUUUUCAUUUGUCUUCUUAUCACUCAUAUAUUUUAAUUUUAGACGUUUAUGCUUUAUAAUUUUUCAAAACAAAUAUAUUAUGACAAUUGCUGGAACAAAAAAAAGAAGUUUGAUUUGUUUCAGAAUCUAGAAAUUCAUUUUUUUGUCUGUCUUCAUCCACGGUUCAUUUCUAAUUACUACUGAUUUUUUUAUCUCUUAUUUGCUUCUCCUCCUCCUCCUCCGCAGCACCGCCGUGCUCUUCCCCAAGCUCUGCCGGCUGUAAGGUUAUGUUCUCCCUUAACUUAUUUGCAAGUUUUUAAUUUGCCUUUCUCCCGUGUUCAUGUUGACUGGCGAUGUCACUCUUAACUAAAUAAAGCGUAAAGCUUCCUAGUUAUUCUAGUUCUGCUUGAACCAUUUCUUAGUGACAUAAGAUAAAAGCAAGCAUGCCUUUAAUUUGUUAAAAGAAACUAAUACAUAUCUGAAACAUCAUUUGUUUGUCUGUAGCAAGCCAAUGAUGUGAAUCGGGAAAAUCUUGAAAGAAUGGUUGAGUCAGGCAAUUCUGCAUUCAGCGGCUUAGAUCUUGCAAUCCUCAUCAGGUAGAAGUAUGGAUGAUCUCAUGAUGUUCAGCUCAUUUAGAAGGAGUUCAUGGGAUUGGAGCGCAAGGGGGGCGCAGUCUCCUUGCAAUGAAUGUCAUGUGAAAGUACAGAGAAAAAGUAAGAGAAUCCUUUGUUGUGAUUUUAGCUUAAGUGGUUUCACUAUAUUUGUAAGCUAAUUCACCAUCUUAUCUCUAUUUGUUCUUCAUUGCCUAGAAAUCUUUUACUCUAACCGAAGAAGAAUAUAUACUAAGACUUGAUAUAGCCAACAUGUUGAAAUGCUGGGGAGCAGUUUCACAUAUCUGUAACAGCCUAGCAAAGUUGAAGGAGCGAUCACGAAUAGUGAAGUGAGGAUCAAGCCUAAACAGAAACCUUAAGACAUUAGUUUAAUCACUUGAGUCGAUAGGAGAAACUGCAGGUCUCAGCUGAUUUCAUCUCUUCAUGCAGGCUUUGAGCAUUUUCAUAGACAUGGAUUCAUAUAACUAAAUCCAAAUCUGAUCCAAGCCAAAAUAUUUAUGGUACCUAAAAGUUCGAAUCACAAUUUAUAUACUUAAAUAUAUUAAAUUUUUAAAAAUUAAUAAAAUAUCCAAAAUGUUCAUAAAUACAAGAAAUUAUCCAAAAUACUUGAAAAUAAUUUAAAAUAAAUAGCCGAAAUAUUCAAAACACUGAAAUACAUAUUGACUUUCUAUCCAAAUAUAUAAACCAAACCAAUUUUCAAAUUUAUAUCUUGUAUGUUAUUUUUAUUUUUGAAUUUUACAAAUUUUAAAUAUUUAAUUUAUUUACAUAUAUUAGUAAUAUUAAAACAGAAACACAAAAUUGUACCCAACUUGCUUCUAGGUGAAAUAUUUUUUUUUAAAACUAUACUAUAUAAUCAACAUGUCAAAUCCACUAUUCUUUAGUCUAACACAUUCAUAUCUAUAAAAAAUAUCAUCUUACAAUCUCGUCUUAUUAUUUAUGGUAAGUGAUUAAAUGAAAUUAUUAUUAUUUAUGGUAAAUAAUUAAAUAAAUUUAUUAUUAAUGAUAGCAUUUUUAAAACUAAUUUUUGUUAUGGUAAGACUUUAAUACACCCUAAUUUAUGCCGGAUGUAGUUAUAUAGCAAAUAGCAAUACAUCAAUAAAUCUUUUUUACGUCACUUUAUAAUAUUUAUAUUGGUUGAUUAGGUGUUUAGUCGACCUGGUAGCUUAUACUAUAAUUUUCAAAUAAUAUUAAUGACUUCAUAUGUUAAUAAAACGUUUAUAUGUUAUUUAAAGACUUCAUAUUGGUGUACAGUAAUAUAUGUUUCAUUGUACUACAUUAGUUUUAAUAAUGUUGAUGCUUUUUCACACAUGAUGAUAAAUAUUAUUUUAUAAAUUUUAUAUUUAUCAAAACUUUUGGGGUUUUACUGGGUCAACCAGUGUGGGAUCAAAGAUUAAUGCCAGUUUUUUCACCGAGAGUUAUUAAGUUUUUAAUUACAGAUUUUUAUUUAAUUUAAACUGGAUAAUAUACCGCUUAUCAGGUUAUUGAUUCAACCACGGAUCCAGAUUAUAUAUGAAAACAAUGAAUAAAAGUAAAGACACAUAUAUAAUUAUUUGUAUAACAUAAAUAAGUAGAUCAAAAUUCAAAAAAAAAAUAAAUACCAACUAACAUUUUUAUUUAAAUCUGAAAUAAAAUCUAUAAAUAUCCAACUGAGACUUAAAUCUCUAGCCGUGAAAUCUCAAAAUCUAAAUGGAUCUAAGUCUUUAUAUUACCAAAAAUGAAUACAUCUUUCAUCGUUACAUUUUUGAUGAGACAGAUUAAAUGAAGUGUUAUCUUUAGUAAAUAUGGAAGAAAACUUCUAUUAAUUUAAAAGCUUAAAUUUAAUAUAUUACCAAGCAAGAGACUACCUGGUUACUGCAAUCUCCAGGAGAAACAUGGAGAUGAUGCUUCUCUGCGUGUGGAACUUGAUGAGAUCAAUCCUUGAAGAUACGAGGAGCUGUUUGUUGCUUACAUGUUAGGUUAUGUACGUAUCCAUUGUUCAAUCACGAUCUGUGUGGAAUUUGAGAGAGCAAUCAAUCGUAUAUUAAGAGAUGCGCACUCAUGUUUUUGUGGUUAUGAUCGGAUGUGAAAACCCUCGGGAAACACUUAUCAAAAAUCAAGGCUUAAUCUCUUACUGCUCUUUGCUGCUGGAAAAGCCAUUGAUAAUGGCUUCCUAGUGAGAAACACUUACGAAUGAGCUUGAGAUUUGGCUAUCUUAAUGAUGCCAUAGGCCUUUGAUCCGGGCGAACAUUUCAUAUCAUUUCCACACAAGUCCUGAGAGUAUCUUAUGUCUCUGCAACUCCUGUUUUUAUGUUUCAUUGCUUGAUAUAUAUUGUACUCGUGUCCAUCAGUUCAAACCAUGCAUGAGUUUAGUCAAUAUAUGGUGUUCAUUGACCUGUUGCCUGAAUCACUUGCAUUCGUUUCGAUUUUGUGCUUUGUAUAUGAGAUGCGCACUGCAUGUUCUCAUGUUUUUGUGGUUAUGUUCUCAUGUUCCCUCGGGAAACACUUAUCAAAAUUAAGGCUCGAAUCUCUUACUGCUCUGUUGCUGCUGGAAAAAGCCAUUAUCAAUGAGCUUAUCUUGUUUGUUUCAAUGUUUUAGAUAUUAGGUUCUGUACGUUUCCAUUGUUCAGUCAUGAUGUGUAAAUCAGCUGUGGAAGAUAAAUGAGCUUAUCUUGUUUGUCUCAAUUGUGUAGAUGUUAGGUUCUGUACGUUUCCAUUUCUCAGUGUGUAGAGCACUUGUGUAAGAUACAAGGAACAGUUUGGUAAAGUAGCUUGUUGAAGGUAUCUUGUUUCAUUCCAUUGUUCAGUCAAUAACUAAACCUGAAUGUGGUUUGUAUCUGGCUUCUUUUGUCACUAUAUGGCGUUCACUGAUCUGUUGCCUGAAUCACUUACAAAUGAGCUUGAGCUUUGGCUAUCUCAGUGAUGCCAUAGGCCUUUGAUCCGACUGAACAUUUUGUAUCAUUUUCACACAAGUACUGAGAGUAUCUUAUGUUUCUGCAACUCCUGUUUUCUUGUUUCAUUAUUAUACACUGCUUCUCAUAUAUUGUGUCUAUCAGUUCAAACCAUGAGUUUAAUUGUAUAUGGCGUUCAUUGAUUUGUUGUCUGAAUCACUUAGUUUAGAUUUUGUGUGUCUUUUCUGUUUUAGUAACAUCUAGCUGCAUAUAUGUUUUUAGUUUGACUUAUGUAUAUAUAAUUGGUUCGUUAUCUCUUGAUAUAUAUUCUUAUGUCGGUGGUUUUUAGAGGAGGUUGGUGCUUUGAUUGUUAAAUCAAAGACUAGCUGGCUUUCUGCUGAGGAGAUUUGCAAAAUACUGAAACAAGCUGAGAGUAAAAACUUAACCGAGUCUGUGGAAAAGCCUCCCAUAGAUUCCAUUGGACUGUUCAUUUUCAGAGAGAAGAAGUUCUACGAUCAUUGGAGGUGGAAUGACGUGGGUGGAAGUAAGACGAAGAGAGGUGGAAACAACAGGCUGGGAAAGAAGAAGAAGCUUUCGGGAAAUGAUGGAUGUAGCGUAAAUGUGACGGAGUCCACUGGAUUGCUAGAAGACAAUUAUGUGAGAAGAGUGCAUAGGGAUUCCAAAAACUUUGGUGAUGAGUUGGCUGUGGUGCACUACCGCAGGCUCACCUGAAUCAGUUUUGGCUUCUAUGUUCUACAAAACUUGCACAUUUGUCUAUAUUCGAAAACUUGAAAGACUUUUAUGUCUUACCAAACUUUCUUAUCUUGUCUAUAUUCAGAGAAACUUGUAUAUCUUUUCUACGAUCAAAUGAUAAUAGCUGGGAUGAUUGGAUAACUGUAAUCCUCUAUUUGUCUCACUGUUUUUUUUUUCCUUUCCUGGGGGUUUUACUUUGUGGAUUUGGUGAUAAGCUCUAAAUGAAUGGGGAAGUUGAUUGAUAAAUAUUUGAGAGAGAUAUCUCCAGGCUAGAAUCUUAAAGUGUCAAAGGUUCUUCAAGUUGCAGAGAGUUAACCAGAUUCAGCUAUAGAUAUUUGGUUUGACAAGAGAAUUUAUUUCUCGUAUUCUAAGUUCUUAUAACUAUAGUAUUUUUUUUUUGGGAUCGAACUGGAACCAAAUUAUUACAGAACUAAAUUAAAUCGAACCAAAUUAAGUUCGAGCCAAACUUAGUAGUAUUUGGAAUCGUAUCAAAACCCAAUUAACUGAACCGAACAAACCGGAAUUAAACCGAAAUUAGAGACUGUUGGUGGAAUCAUCCAUUACAGAACUAAAUUAAACUGAAUCAAAUUAAACCCGAGCCAAACUUAUUAGUAUUUGGAGUCUUAUCAAUACCAAAUUAACUGAACCGAACAAACCCGAAAUUAAACCGAAAUUAGAGACUGUUGGUGUGACCAUCCAUUACAGAACUAAAUUAAACCGAACCAAAUUAAGCCCGAGCCAAACUUAUUAGUAUUUGGAGUCUUAUCAAAACCCAAUUAACUGAACCGAACAAACCGAAAACUAAACCGAAAUUAGAAACUGUUGGUGGGACCAUCUGGUAUUUUAUCAGGAAUUAUUUGUCAAAUAAAUUGCUGGAGUAAACUAUCAUGGCGGUGCAGUGUGCUCUUCUGCCGAGUGUCUCUACCAUGAUUUUCGUUCACACACGUGGCUCCUGCAGAUCGGCAACGUCAUCUCUUUUCCUUCCUCUUCCGCUUUAGUUUUUUUUAAGUCUGGGCCCUUUUGAGCCUCAAUUUGUAUUAUUGUUAAGUAUGGGCUUAUCAAUGUGGACCUAGUUUUCUAUUUUCAUUGUCUUGUUGGUCUUGAUUAAUAAAUGAGAUGACAAAAAAUCUAUUAUGGUGAAAUUAAUGUGGAAAAGGAAAAGGCGGAUACAUUCCAUUUUUUAAUGAAAGAUAAAAAAAGGAAAACAACGUGUUUGUGUGAACAUAAAUAUAAAAAGAGAAGAAUGGGCAAGCGUGAAAUCUAGAAACCUUAACAAUGACGAUGAUUUCAGAUCUUUCGAGGGAUUUGGUAGAGGAAAUACUCUCUAAGGUUCCUAUAACCUGUCUAAGAGCGGUGCGAUCUACUUGUAAAUUGUGGAAUGUUUUAUCCAAAGAUAGGGUUUUAUGUAAAACAGACAUAACGCAUCAGUUUAUUGGAUUCAUGGUGAAGGAGUACAGGAUUUGUUCAAUGAGAUUCAGUCUCCAUGGUGUGGGUUCAUCUAUAAAUGAGAUAGGUAAUUUAUUUAAUCAAGCUGAGAUAUGUAAUAUCAUCCACUGCGACGGUUUGUUGUUAUGCGUCACCAAGGAAGACAAGAUUAGGAGCCUCGUGGUUUGGAACCCAUAUUUAGGACAAACCAGAUGGAUCCAACCCAUUAAUAAUUACCACAGAUUUGAGUCAUCAGACAAAUAUGCUUUCGGAUACGACCACAAAAACCGUAACCACAAAAUCUUGAGAGUUUUUGAUGUUAACCGGUAUGAAAUCUAUGAUUUUAGCUCUAAUUCAUGGAGGAUUCUUGAUAUCAUUCCGGAUGAUGAUAUAUGGUCUCGUCAACGAGGUGCUUCUUUAAAAGGAAAUACUUAUUUUGUGGCUAAAGAAAAAACAUUAGUAGACGAGGAUGUAGUAGGAGAGGUAGAGAUAGACGAGCCUCAUAAUUUAUUACUAUGUUUUGAUUUCACAAGAGAGGGAUUCGGACCGUUUCUACCUUUGCCGUUUCUGCACUAUAAUGAGGAUAUCGGGACUCUGUCUACUCUUAGAGACGAGAAACUCGUGGUAUUAUAUCAGCGCAUGGUUUGUCCUGAGGUAGAGAUUUGGGUGACAACCAAUAUUGAGCCGGAUGCAGUGUCAUGGACCCCCUUUUUAAACAUUGACAUGCAACCACUCGACCGUGGUUUUCAGUUUGGCCUUUGCUCUGGCGCCAGCUUCUUUAUUGACGAGGAGAUGAAAAUCGCUGUGGUUUUCUAUAUAUACCGAGCGGAGAAAAUGGCCAAGACGCGCUCUUACCAUUCAGUUUGCAUCACUGGAGAGAAUGGAUAUUUGGAUAAUUUGGAUCUUGGAGAUGCUGCGUAUCGCCAUGUUCCUAUGCGAGAAAAUCCGUAUUGCUGCCCACUUGUGUGCUCUUAUGUUCCUAGUUUAGUGCAAAUCAACUAA